CUUGUAAGGCGUCCCUUGACUUAAAGCCGCUCCUGCGGAAUACCUGCACACAAACUCGACAGUAUCCCCAGACUCAUUAGAGCGUCCGCUUUUCGCCACCCACAUAUGACAUAUAUCCAUUCGCUCUACUGCUCCGUCGUCUCGCGCUCCCCCGUCGAGCAAAUGGAAACGGCGGUCGGCGUCCUCUCCCCGCUCAGGCCUUCGUCUUCUCCCACUCUUCCCGUCGUCAACCCUAAACCUAUCCCUAGCAGAGUUUCUCGCCACUCCCUCUGUCUCCGGAAGGAGAUUUUCGGGUGUGGCCUCCGCCCGCCUCGGGCCACUAACGGAAGCAAAAACGCCUUGAGAUUGUCGCGUCGGCGAGUGGAUGUUACAUGCUCGGCCUCUUCAACUGCGGAAGCUGCCUCGGUUACCAAGAAAAAAGAAAUGACAAGGAGAGAUGUGCGGAAUAUUGCGAUUAUUGCCCAUGUAGAUCAUGGGAAAACAACUUUGGUGGAUGCAAUGUUGAAGCAAGCAAAGGUUUUCCGUGACAACCAAAUUGUACAGGAAAGAAUAAUGGACUCGAAUGAUUUGGAACGAGAAAGAGGAAUCACAAUACUUAGCAAAAAUACAUCAAUAUCCUACAAGGGGACUAAGAUAAACAUUAUUGAUACUCCAGGUCAUUCUGACUUUGGUGGGGAGGUUGAACGUGUCCUCAACAUGGUUGAAGGAGUUCUUCUAGUGGUAGAUUCUGUAGAAGGACCGAUGCCACAGACAAGAUUUGUUUUGAAGAAAGCUUUAGAAUUUGGACAUGCUGUUGUGGUUGUCGUGAAUAAAAUUGACAGGUCUUCAGCUCGUCCAGAUUUUGUAGUCAAUUCCACAUUUGAACUUUUUAUUGAAUUGAAUGCAACUGAUGAACAGUGCGAUUUCCAAGUGAUUUAUGCAAGUGGCAUCAAGGGAAAAGCAGGACUUUCUCCAGAUAAUCUGGCUGAUGAUCUUGGCCCACUUUUUGAGGCUAUUCUUAGAUGCAUACCAGAACCUCGUAUUGACAAAGAUGGUGCAUUACAAAUGCUUGUAACAAACACCGAGUAUGAUGAGCAUAAGGGGAGAAUAGCGAUUGGACGACUACAUGCUGGGGUUUUGCAGCGAGGCAUGGAGGUGAAGGUCUGUACGUCAGAUGAAACUUGCCGAUAUGGGAAAGUAAGUGAACUUUUUGUUUAUGAGAACUUCACAAGAGCUCCGGUUGAGAGUGUCGUAGCUGGUGACAUUUGUGCUGUCUGUGGCAUCACUGAUAUAAUGAUUGGGGAAACUAUAGCUGAUAAAAGUUCUGGAAAGCCAUUGCCUACCAUAAAAGUAGAGGAGCCAACUGUGAAAAUGUCUUUCUCUAUCAACACUUCAUCUUUUGUCGGCCGAGAGGGUAAGUAUGUGACCAGCCGAAAUCUCCGAGAUAGGCUAUAUCGUGAACUCGAGAGAAACUUGGCAAUGAGAGUUGAAGAUGGUGAGACAGCUGAUACAUUUAUUGUUAGUGGGAGGGGCACACUACAUAUCACCAUCUUGAUAGAAAACAUGCGAAGAGAAGGAUAUGAGUUCAUGGUGGGGCCACCGAAGGUCAUAAACAAAAUGGUAAACGAUAAGCUGCUGGAGCCUUUUGAGAUUGCUACUGUAGAGGUGCCAGAGGAAUACAUGGGACCUGUUGUUGAACUUCUUGGUAAAAGGCGGGGGCAAAUGUUUGAUAUGCAAGUGGUUGGAUUGGAGGGAACAACCUUAUUAAAAUACAAGAUUCCUACUAGGGGUCUUCUUGGCCUGCGAAAUUCAAUCCUAACAGCUUCUCGUGGCACAGCUAUUUUGAACACUGUAUUUGAUAGCUAUGGACCAUGGGCUGGAGAUAUCAGCACACGAGACCAAGGCUCCUUGGUUGCCUUUGAAGAUGGAACUAGUACUUCUUAUGCUCUGUUUAGUGCACAAGAAAGAGGCCAGAUGUUUAUAGGUCCUGGCAUGGAAGUGUACAAAGGUCAAAUAGUUGGUAUCCAUCAAAGGCCUGGCGAUUUAUCCCUUAAUGUAUGCAAAAAGAAGGCUGCAACAAACGUUAGAUCCAACAAGGAACAGACAGAUUACCACUACUCGGAAGCCACCUCACAGCCCAAAUCCAAUCCGCAUGGCAGCCACAACAACCUGAAAGUCACGAAAAAAUCGGUCGACGAAACGUGGUUCUUGACACACCGUUGAGUUACAGCUUGGAUGACUGUAUUGAGUACAUUCAAGAAGAUGAACUAGUAGAAGUUACUCCUAAAAGCAUCCGUAUGUGCAAAAACCCGAAAUUUGCAAGGAAGUAAAAUAUUGUGGAGAAAAGCGUGUUACAGCUCGACAACCAAUGGUACACUUAAUUUGAGAAGCUUUUGUAGCAUUGUUUCGCUCCAGUAAAAUAUGGUGCUCAAUGAUACUUACACAAUCUGCUGCAGAACCUUGGAACUUUGGUAUGGGACUAACAAUUUCUUUAGUGUCAUGAUAGUAAAUAUAGCUCAUCUAUGAAUUAUGACCUAUUGCAGCUUUAUCGCCACGAUGUUAGUUCCUCAAAGAAAGAAGAAAGAAAAAUCACAAUAUUGUUGAUUCCCUGAUAGUUGUAUACUAUUCUUUUUUCUUGUAUAUUUCUUUUGUUAUUACAGGGUUUUUUUUUUACCUAUUUUAAAUUGCUUUAGAUGCAUACGUGAAACUUUGUAUGCUUUUAGACGUUGACGUAAUGAUACAAGUAGAAUUCUGAGGUGA